GAUGUAGGUUGUGCGCGCUGUAAGAAAGUAAAUGUAGAUUGGAACAAAAGAUCAGUGUUGUAGUAUAAUUGGAAGAAGUUAGAUACGUUUGCGUGUUGUUGUCAUUUAAGUUCGUUCUAGUUAACGACACGUAUUUUAUACUUAGAUGAUAUUUUAGGUCAAGGCACGAAAGUACGUCUUAGUUUUUUUGUAGUGUAACAUCAAUAUGAAAAUAGCAGUGGAGGGUUGUGCCCAUGGAGAGUUGGAUAAAAUAUAUGAAGCAAUUCAACAUCUAGAGAAGAAGGAUGGAAUUAAAGUUGACCUACUAAUCUGUUGUGGUGACUUCCAAGCAACUAGAAACGUGGAAGAUUUAAGGUGCAUGGCAGUGCCACUAAAGUAUCAGAAAAUGUGUACUUUCUAUAAGUAUUACUCUGGGGAAAAAGUUGCUCCAGUUUUAACAGUUUUCAUAGGUGGAAAUCAUGAAGCAUCAAAUUAUCUUCAAGAAUUGCCAUAUGGGGGAUGGGUUGCUCCCAGAAUAUACUACAUGGGCUAUGCCAGUAUUGUGAACAUAGCUGGGGUCCGAGUAGGUGGUUUGUCAGGCAUCUACAAAGGACACGACUAUUUAAAAGGGCACUUUGAAAAGCCUCCGUAUACUGAAGAUACCAAAAGGAGUGUGUAUCAUGUCCGAAACGUGGAAACUUUCAGAUUAAAACAGGUUCAGCAACCUGUUGAUAUAUUUCUGUCCCAUGACUGGCCUCGAGGAAUUUACAAUUUUGGGAAUGUAAAUCAGCUUCUUCGAUUCAAACCAUUUUUCACUGAUGAAGUGAAGUGCAACUCACUUGGUAGCAGACCAUGUGAAGAACUGCUGUAUCAUUUGAAGCCAACAUACUGGUUUGCUGCCCAUCUGCAUGUUAAAUUUGCAGCUCUUGUGCCUCAUUCUUCAAACAAUGAAGAAGAUAAUCAACAGAUGACAAAAUUUUUGGCACUGGAUAAAUGUUUGCCAAGAAGGAAAUUUUUACAAAUUGUUGAUAUACCACAUGAUCCAAGUAAGUCAAUUGAGCUUGAGUAUGAUUUGGAAUGGUUGACAAUACUUCAUUUUACAAAUCACCUUCUCGGUGUAAAAAGGACAAAUCAGUACAUGCCUGGCCCAGGACUGGAUGGCAGAUGGAAUUUUGUGCCAACAAAAGAAGAGUUGGAUUUUGUGUGGCAGAGGUUUGAUGGCAACUUUCUUGUUCCUCAGAACUUUACUCAGACUGUGGUUGCGUUUGAUUCAAGCAGCCAAAAUGAUUCUUCAAACAACAGUAGAAACUCUUGUAGGAAACAGCCUCCAGCUCAAAUAAACUCACAGACAACAGCGUUUUGUGACAGACUUGGCAUCGAUGAUCCAAUGGCAUUACUGUUAAAUUCUUCAAAAGAAUCAUCCUUCGAUUCAGAUGAGAACCAGAAGUUCUGCACUACUUUGCCAGGUUACUUGACUCCAGAGCGUCCUGGAGAAGUUACACAAGUAUCUCUGGAUGACACUUCAUACCAUGAUUCAGUGGAUGACAGCAUGAAGCAGGUACUAACAGCAGAGACUUAUAACAAGUCAGUCUCAAUGAACUGUUCCAUCUCAUUAAGUCCGAUGCCUAAGCAUUUGAGGCUUGCUCUUCCGAGUCCACAGAACAGUGACAUGGAUGAACCUAUGAAAGAUGAUGCUAGCAGUUCUCCUGUUUUGUUACGGUUGUCACAUUCUCUUCCAUCUCCAAGAGAUAGUGAUAUGGAUGAACCGGUUUGUAGCGACACUGGGAACUCACAUUCUAGCUCUCCAGAAGUCACUUCAGGUGCAUCCCUCACAGGUUCUGAGGAAGUUGCUGAAAUAUGUAGUUCAUCUCCUGACUUGCACCCUGCACUGAAAAGGUUCAAACGUCGCAACCAAGCACUAUACUCUAGUGCAGAUGCUGACAGUUGAUAUUAACAUGCUCUAACAGAACUGUACAGUCACUGUUGAAAGUAAUCAAACAUAAAUAUGUUAUGAAAGGAUUUUCAUAAUAGAAUGAUGUAUUCUUUAUUUUAGUCUUGACAAAAUGUUUUUAUGUAAUGGACAUACUUUCAGAGUAUUAAUGUAACCUGUGAGUAUUUAAUACAACCUAGUGUAGUUAUUGAGUUGUUUUCAAUUUAAUUUUAUUUUUGUAUGAAAAAAGCAUGUAAAUUCUGUGAAAUAUUAUGAUAUACAAACAUUUUAAUUAUAUGUAAAGAAAAUAAAAUACCUUAGUGAAGGACACUUCAUUGUUUCCUUUCAAGUUACUGAAUAUCAGAACAGGGUAUAAGAGUGUAGACUAGAUUCAGAUAGGUCCAGUGGUGGGCUCUUGUAAACAUGGUUGUGAACAUUCAGGUUCCAUAAAAGGUGAGAAAUUGCUUAACAGCUGAAAAUGUAAUAAACUCCUCAGGAAAGAUAUGUUUUAUGGGCUACUUUGAAAUGUCAUUUUCCUUCAAUACAGAGAUGUUUCAUUAGAUUCACUGUCUAAUCACUCUGAGAGUUCUGUAUACAUAUGCAGCCAGUUCACUUCAGAUAUGGAGAAGUA